GUCAAUAUACCAGAUUUUGCAAAAUGCUUCAGACGAACUGGACGACAAUCACUGAGUUUAUCAUCGUGGGCUUCCCUGGACUGCAUCCGGACUACUAUGGCCUGGUCGCUGCUAUUUUCUUCAUCGUCUACACGACCACAGUGGCCGGGAACACUGUUUUUCUGGUGCUGUUUUUCACUUCGCAGAGCCUCAGGAAGCCUAUGUACAUUAUCCUUGCAAGCCUGGCAAUAUCUGAUACGUGUUUCUCCACAGUUGCCCUACCUAAGAUAAUAUCCAGGUACUUGUUUGAUGCGGGAGCAUCCCCUUUCCAUGCUUGCUUCUUCCAAAUGGAACUAAUCCACUAUUUUGGGACAUUAAACUCACUGAUAAUGAUGAUCAUGGCCCUUGACCGCUAUGUGGCUAUCUGUUAUUCUCUGAGAUACCAGGCUAUUAUGACUAAUCGCAUCACGUACAUCAUAAACGUAACGGCUUGGGUAACUGCUUUGAUCGCUCCCACGAUAGCCACCCUACACACUCAACAGCUUCCUUACUGUGGGCCUAAACUGAUCAUUCAGUGCUAUUGUGACCACAUCUCUAUUACUAACCUGGCCUGUGCUGACAACAGCAAGCAGAUUUUGGUGGCCCUGUGCGUGGCCCUACUCGUGCUUCUCCUUCCUCUAGCCUUCAUCAUUUACUCUUACGGUCACAUCAUAACAUCUGUCAUGAAGCUGUCGAGCUCUCAGAGUCGCUGGAAAAGUUUUGCCACCUGCAGCACGCAGCUGUGCAUCACCGCCCUGUUUUACAUGCCUCGUUGUGCAGUGUAUAUUGCCAGUUUCCUGCAAAUCCAAAUCAGCAAAGAUUUCAGGAUAGUUCUCAUUCUGCUCUACAGCCUCGUUCCACCAAUGAUAAACCCCUUCAUUUACUGUUUACGUACACAGGAGAUCAGAAACAUUGUGAGCAGGUGGUUUAGCAGACAAAGGGCCAUGAGACACACGUCUAUAAUUAAUGUGAUCACACAGUAA